UGCUAGGAAUUCCAUUCCUGUUGAAAUCCGCGAUCCCUUGGUGGAGACAGCUCCUUUCACUUGGUGUGAUUUCUUCUGUGUGACUUUGCAAGGGGCUCUGGUAUUACUGCUAAAUGUAUGGCUCACAGAGGGAACAGCACAAGGCAAAAGGAAGCAAACUGACUGGCUCACAGACGGGAAAGAGAGAGGAGCCCACAGCACAGCCACUGGCUUCCCUCUAACAUGCAAUUUUGAAGUCAGCAAAACUGAAAUCAAAUUACCAUCAUAUUGUGUGGGUGAAGGAUUAAAAAGAGGAGACUACCGACUGGCUUAAUGAGGAUGAAGGAUCCAGUAAGUCAAAGAACAACCAAGUACAUCUAAUGUCUGGACUCUGAAGCCUCAUUUCAGGCUGAGAAAUGGAUAUUCUCGUGGAAGAGGAUAGCUCUGUGACCCCAACUACAAACUCCUUAAUACAAUUAAAUCCUGAUAGGAGACUCUACAAAUCUGAUUUCCUCUCUGGGGAGAAUAACACUUCUGAUGCACUGAACUGGACUGUGGACGCUGAAAAUGGCACAAACUUCUCCUGUGAAGGUGGCCUUGCGCCCCCGUGUUACUCCUUACUUCAUUUCCCAGAGAAAAACUGGCCCGCAUUGCUGACAGCUAUAGUGAUUGUUCUCACCAUUGCCGGAAACAUACUUGUCAUCAUGGCAGUCACACUGGAGAAGAAACUGCAGAAUGCCACCAAUUACUUUCUGAUGUCACUUGCCAUUGCUGAUAUGCUGCUGGGCUUCCUGGUGAUGCCAGUGUCAACAUUAACCAUCUUGUAUGGCUACAAAUGGCCCUUGCCCACAAAACUCUGUGCAGUCUGGAUUUAUUUGGAUGUGCUUUUCUCCACUGCCUCCAUCAUGCAUCUCUGUGCAAUCUCCUUGGACCGCUAUAUUGCUAUUCGGAACCCCAUUCACCACAGUCGCUUUAACUCAAGAGCUAAGGCAUUUUUAAAAAUAAUUGCUGUUUGGACCAUAUCAGUAGGUAUAUCAAUGCCAGUUCCAGUCAUCGGCCUACAAGAUGAUUCCAAAGUGUUUAAAGAAGAAAGCUGCUUACUGGCUGAUGAGAACUUUGUCCUGAUUGGCUCCUUUGUGUCCUUUUUCAUCCCCUUAGCCAUUAUGGUGAUCACCUACUUUUUAACAAUAAAGACACUUCAGAAAGAAGCUACUUUAUGUGUGAAUGAUGUUGGCCCAAAGAACAAAUUGUCAUCUUUCAGCUUCCUCCCUCAAAGCUCCCUGUCUUCAGAAAAGCUCUUCCAGCGUUCCUUGCACAAGGAACCCGUGUCUUAUGGAAGGAGGACUAUGCAGUCUAUCAGCAAUGAACAAAAGGCUUCCAAAGUCCUGGGUAUUGUUUUCUUCCUGUUUGUUGUAAUGUGGUGUCCUUUUUUCAUCACCAAUGUGAUGGCAGUCAUCUGCAAGAAGUCAUGCGAUGAAAAUAUCAUUGGGAUUCUGCUGAAUGUAUUUGUUUGGAUUGGUUACCUCUCUUCUGCUGUCAAUCCAUUAGUGUAUACACUGUUCAAUAAAACUUACCGGUCUGCUUUUUCACGUUAUAUUCAGUGUCAGUACAAGGAGAACAAGAAACCUCUUCAAUUGAUUUUAGUGAACACCAUACCCGCAUUAGCUUAUAAUUCUAGGCAAGCCCAAAUGCCACAGAAAGAUGAUGAAAAGAAAGACUCUGAGGUGACAGAUAAAGACUACACUGGAAUUGAUAUUGGGAUACAUAAUUUAGAUAAUUCACCCAAGGAUAGUGUCAUCCCAGUGAAUGAAAAGGUUAGUUCUGUGUGAUCACAUUAGACAAUGAGUGGCAACCUUGGAGUACACACAAUGAGAAAGUGUUCACCUAACUGAAAAAUAGGGAAAGACUUGGAAAAAUUAGGCCAGUCUAACAGAUCUAUAGAUAUCAUCAACAUAUUCCUCAUGUCAUUCUAUUAAUGAAAAGCAGAGUUAAAUACCAGAAAAUUGCAUCUUUUUAAAAAAAAUAAAAGAAUUCAUAAAGAAUUUCAGCUAUUUUAAGCAUAGCCUUUACUAAACUUAUUUUUUAAUAUCUUAAAAAAUAUAUUUCUUAAAGGCAAAUACCAUUUAUGGUAUAAUUUUAAUGAUGGCCACAAAUAAAUCAAUUUUGAUAUUUUUUCUUUUGAAAAUAAAAACUAUGCCACUGUGUCAUUUAUUGACAGCAUAGGAUUGAAUUAAUUCCUUUCUGGUAUAAUUAUUAAUAGAAAGAAAUUUGAAAAUAAUAAAUAUUUUUAGAACCUUUGGAAUAAAGGAUAAUGUUAAUUAAUCUGUCAACAUAUAAACUUUGAAAAAACCACCCAGGUACUUGUCUUAUAAUAAUUGUAUUAAUGAAAUAAUUACAUAGAAAAUUUGGUAAUAUUGUAUUAAUAUUAUUUAUUUAGAUACCAUUCUAAAGUAUGUGUCCUCUGCUAUUUACCAUAUGCUGCAUUUCAAGUUAAUUUUCCUCAGAAGUUGUAAAAUGCCAUUAAGUUAAAACUAUUUCCAGUUUCUUUUUGGAAAAAAAAAUCUAUGCUUUAUUCUGAAUUUCUCUUGUCUCCUCAUGCCAGAUUUUGGACAUAUUGAAAAGACUGAGUCAUACUACCAAACAGAUUUAUAGAAAUUGUUUGUGGAAAAAUUUCCUUUAAAAUAUCCUUUGAUUUUUUUUUCUGUGAUGCCAUGUCUUCAUGACAACAACAAUAACAAAGUUUUGGAAAUGAAUCAGAGCAGAUGAUUCUUGAAAGCAACAUUUGAGGUCAUGUCUAAGAUCAUGCUAGUUGGAUGUGUUCAGUCAUUACAACUAUCUAUAAUUGCUACUAAUCAGUAGAAAUUACCUUAUUCAUGUUAGUCAUUAAAACAACAGAAGAAGAAUUAAAGAAAAUUGAAGUCACCUUUAGUUCAGUCACAGACAUUUACAAAAAAGUAACAUGGGAAUAAAUUUUUUCUCCUUUCAGUUUUCUUUUCCCACUACCAUCCAUCUGCUCAAAAAACGUUGCUACUGGUACAUUGAGAGGAAUCCUAUAAACCAAAAUCUACUGAUUAGUUAUUAAGGCAUUAGGUUUACACUCUGCCUUAUUUUUAAUUAGGUGGCUACUAACUCUGAGUAAAAAACCAAAGCGAGAAAAAAGAAAAUCUUUGGCCAAACAACUGAGUAACAUUUGAAAACAAUUGUUUUAUAUAAGAAGCAUCAUGGUGUAAUUGAUAGAAUUCUGGAUUUGGAGACAGAGAAGUGGGUUCGGUCCUGGCUUUUCUGUUUACCAUUGAUGCAACUAUGAGUAAAUAGGUCAUCUAAACUCCUUAGGUCUUAGCUUUCCCAUUUGCAAAAUGAGCAGUCCAGCUAUUGUAUUCAACAAGCAUUUAUCAAGCAUUUGGAGUUACAGCAAUACUUUAAUUUUAACAUUUGCCCUCAAAGAAAUGGCAUUGUACUGAAGAGGUGUCAACUAAAAUUUCUCCCAAUUCCAGGUCUGCAAUAUAUAUAGUCUACAUUGCUAAAAAUGUGAAGUACGAUUUUAUUUUAAGUUUGUUCAUUCUUUCUAGGAGGAAAAAAAAGGCCAAUUUUCAUAUUAGUGAUACUAGAAUAUAUACAUAUAUAAAACAGCAGGUGAUCUGCUAUUUCGUUCAAGAAUUUUCUGUUUUUAAUUUUUUAAGUCAUUUAAACAUAGGAUAUUCACAACUUGAUCAUGAUCCUUUCAAUUAUUACACUGUUAAACAGCACAUUGGCUGCUACUGAAACAGAGAUUAAUAGUGAUAACCAACAGGGAAGUUCCAUAUUAACAAUUCUGUUGAGAUAUAAAGAAUUACUCACCCUCCCCAUCCUAACUCCAGGCUUUCAGAAUAGAUUAUUCAAAUGAAUUAUGGGGAAGGAAGGGGAGAGAAUUCCUGGGGGGUUUGUUAUUCUGUAAUUUACAGUUGCUUUAAGGAUAAAUUCAAUAGUUAUCUCCUACCAAAUGUAUUGCUGACUGAAGCAAUGGUAGAGUAAUUCAAAUGCUAGAAUAUAUAGUAUACAGCUGAUAUCAAGCCUGUGUUUGAACUGAAUUAUUCUUUAAUGAUUUAAUGUAGAUGUAUCAGAUAAAGUUCAAAUGCUAUCAAACUUCUUGUUUAAUGUAUUUUGCCUUAGUUUGUGAUGUUGCACAUCUUUUUAUGUAUAUGAGAAAAAUUGGAAUUCCUAUCCCCAUAUAGCCUAUCUUGAAUUGAAUGUACAUAAUUAUUGCCUGACAACUACUUGAUAACUAUAUAGAUAUUAUCAAUGUUCAUCAGUGUGUUUCUCACUUUCUCCACAAAUUAUACACCUUUUAUUAUGUAUAUACAGAUGAAGAUGGCUACGUAUAUAUGUAUAUACACAGAUAUGUUCAAACAGUUGAUCCAGUAUUUAUAUAUUUUUAUGGAGGAAGAGAGAGAAACUAAUGAAAACACAUUGUAUUUAUAUACAUAUAUAUAGACAUUUAUGGGCAUGUUGAUAUUUUGUAUAUUUCAAUGUGAAACUGUAUAUAAGAUUUUUAAUAUAUUCCUUGACUGUCAUGAUAGAUUAAGGUGAUAUAGUGCCAGCAGCUUCUUUAUAAACUGGAAGUUUGUCUUAAAUAAUUUGGAAACUCAAUGUUAAUUUAAUUGUAAUGGAAAUGAAACAAUAUAGCUGUGUAUAUGUAUGUAUGUUUAAAAACAUACAUACAUAUAUGUAUGUAAAUAUAUACAUAUAUAUGUCAAUUCCUCAGACAUCUGUGAUUCCACAGUUCUGGGUGCUCUCUCCACUAACACAGAUGUACAGCAACCUCCUCAUACCUUGAUAAAUGUGUCUUCGUCAGUUGCUGUGACAUUCACCAUCUGGUGAUCAGCUUGUUAGGCUGGACCCUGGAGAAGAGACACUUGGUCUUUUGCUGGUCCUGAACUUAAUGCUUUUUCAUCUUGCAAGAUCUAACAGAAAUUUCCCUCCCCUGGAGUAGCCACUGAGAACCAUAGUGGCUUUAAUCUACACCAUAAUAAGGCAUUGAGAAAGCACUACUGUGAAGGAGGUUGUAUAUAAACAGAGGUAUUUGGUUUAUUAAUCUCAGAUAAACCAAAACAUUAGGGCACUUUAUAAUUUUAGUCUAAGGAUUUUCUGACUACUUUUAUCUUUUCCAGUGAAUUCUUCUUUUCCAUAAGAAUGUGGACUCUUUGGACUACUGACAGAGCUUGAAAGACUGACUUUGAAGGAUUCACUCAAGCAAUAGUAUUAUUCAUAGGAUUGAGAGUUAUUUGUUUGUUUGUUUGUUUUUUCAUUUAGUAAAACUCGUAUGGUAAAUCCUUCUAACAUGAUGUAAAAGGAUAAAUGCCAUCACCAUCUCAACGAAAAGUUCUCAGGAGCAGAACACACAUAUUUCAUCUGCUUGAUCACAGUGCCAUCUCAUGGCCAUUUUAAAAAGUGCUACUCUAGCCAACCAAGUUACUUACUGUGCUGCUUUUAGCAAAUGGUGCUGUUGCCGUUUUGUGCGUCACUGGAAAGUAUUCAUAAAGCAUUGAAUUAUUCUGUAUGAUAUGAUAUGCAACAAGUACAGUGCAAAUUAUUUUGUGUAUGAAGUGUUAUUAAAGCAAAUUUAGGAUUUCAAGGAAUGACUGUAAAUAAAACAUACUUGAAAGUGAACAAA